GAAAAAACUCGACGACAAAGCAAGCGGCUGGCUCGAACGGAAAACUUCACAAAAGCUAACCAGGGUCAAACAUAGGAGAGUACGCAGGUACAAAAGAAGCUGCGGGAUUCAACUUGGAAGCACAGAUUCGAGAUAA